AUGGAAAACAAGCUUGAAGCAAAAGACAAAAGCAUUCAGAAAAGAAUACCACGUUCGGUACCAAAAGGAAAGGAAAAGAACUAUAAGUAUAUGAUUUAUACUGAAGAGAUGGAAAAUGAAGAAGAUAAAGAUAUGGUUAUGUUGCAUUUAGUCAGAAGAAACAACAAAAGCUUUUACGACCUUGCUAAGAUUUACAAAUCUGACAGAAAUUGGUUCUAUCGCGAAAACUUACCGAUUUCAAUGACACCGAAUGAAGAUGUGAAACAAAUAGUUCAAGAUACGUUACCUCAAACACACUAUGAUAUGAAAGGUUGUACAAUUCUUACCUUCAAAGAAGAUUUGCCAUUGUUAAAGGAAAAAAUAACAGAGUAUUUUGACAACUUCAAACAAGUAGAGUAA